AUGGACUCGAAGGUAGCAAGAUUACCCCUUUUCGGGGGCCCCAGAGCAUGGCACUCCUCGGACUGGACCUCCACUGACGAUCGCGUGCGUGGUGGAUCGUCGCACUCCCACAUGAGCUGUUCGCCCGCCUCUCUGGUCGCCCGAUUCUACGGAAACCUCGACAUCACCACGCUCGGUGGAGCGGGGUUCGCCUCGCAGCGGACGACAGGUGAAGAUAGAAGCUGGGAUCUCUCUGGCUACGACGGGUUGGAAUUGCAUAUUGCCGGCGGGGAUGAUAAACUGUAUACCAUCACGCUAAAGGAUGAGACUGCGCCGAAGCGCCCAGAUGGAAGGCAGGAGAGUACCCUGAGCUGGGAAUUUGAUUUCCAUGCUCAUGGUGAGAAGAGGAUUUUCAUAAAAUGGGCUGAUUUUAAGCCUACGUAUCGGGGGAAGGAGCAGGAGGAUGUCACACCGCUGGAUUUGACUGGGGUGAAACAGAUCAGUUUCAUGCUACGCAGCUUCUUCGGGGUGCAGGAAGGAGACUUUAGUUUGGAGCUUGUCUCGAUCGCCGCCGUUCGAUACACGUAUUACCGUGAUGAUCCGGAGGAGGAAGAGGAGUAUGUGAAUGUGGAUGAAAAGCUGGGGACUGUUUCGAACCGGCCAAACUCGCGAGGCUGGAUUAGUUGGAUUGGGCAGUGUUUUGGCUUGAGCUAA